GAGGAGAGGCCUCUGGCGGGGGCUGAUUGAGCUGUGCUGAGCUGAGGUCACUGAUCGGUCUGUACGAGCGGUUGCUGAGCAUUGUCCUGAGCUGCAGUUUGUUGGCUUCAUGGGAUGCCCGGUGACCUCUCAGGGAGUCAUCCAUCUCACUGCGCUACGGAACCUGAAUGUCCUGGACCUGCGGCACAUCUCAGAGCUCAACAAUGAGACGGUGAUGGAGGUGGUGAGGAAAUGUCGCAACCUCAGUUCCCUCAACCUCUGCCUCAACUGGAGCAUCAACGACAGGUGUGUGGAAAUCAUCGCCAAGGAGGGGAGAAGUCUGAAGGAGCUGUAUCUUGUGUCUUGUAAAAUCACAGACCACGCUCUGAUAGCCAUAGGCCAGUACAGCAGCACCAUAGAGACUGUGGAUGCCGGCUGGUGUAAGGACAUCACAGACCAGGGAGCCACACAGAUCGCUCAGAGCAGCAAGUCCCUCCGCUACCUGGGCCUCAUGAGAUGUGACAAGGUGAACGAGGAGACAGUGGAGAGGCUGGUGGUGCAGUACCCUCACAUUGUUUUCAGCACGGUGAUGCAGGAUUGCAAGAGAACCCUGGAGAGAGCUUAUCAAAUGGGCUGGAGCCCCAACACAUCGAACACUUCGUAGCUACUGCUAGAGCUCUCUCUCUCACACACUCUCACACACACACACACACUCACACACACACACACACACACACACACACACACACACACACACACAGCUACACCGAGGCCCUUUUUGUGUACAGACACAAUCACACAAUAUUUGCAGCUCAGUCAUGUCUGCCUCCCAGACACGCAUGUGAACAUGUAGCUUCACACUCACAAAGUUUCAGUUCAUCAUUUGUUUCAUUGAAAGCAAAUAUUCAAUUUGAAUCAUUUAAGAAAGAUAUGGGUAUGUUAUGGUAAAGUGAGACUUCUAUCAAUCUUAGGUUAUACACAACAACAUGACUGAAUCGUCCGCAUCAUCAUUGUCAAUAAGUCAGAUUACAUCCAACAAUAUAGUUAUUUGACCAGAACAGUGACUAGCUUGUUUUGGUGCAAAGCAGUGCACCAACAAGUGUUUUUUGAUAUAUAUUUAGGUGAGUGUUACUCAGUUGUUAAGAGUAUUUAUAACUCAUACAUUGUAAGUUGUCCGUAUCACUUUGGAUGGAGAAAUGGUCAAGAUGUAUGAGCAGCGGUCUGGUCCUCAACACGUGAAAAAGAUCAAAAAUAAACGCAUCAUUUGUUUAAAGACAUUCAGGUAUCAUUGGAAAAUAAUAUUUGUAAUGAGCAUGGAAUAAAAAAAAAGGAUUGCAGAUGUUCCUGAGCGAUGUGUUGAGGUCGCCCCUCUGCAGUGUUUACUCCCUUCAAACUGAACUUGACUGCUGCAGUGAGAUCGCACAGGACAGAUCAGAGACUUAAGCAUCAGAGACGACAUCUACAACUUCAGACCUGAAGACAGCAGAACCGCCCGUGCUUCACAUCUUACUUGAGGCACUGUGAUGUUUAUUUUGUACAUUACAGUAGACGUUUUUUUUUUUCUUCUUUGGAUGUUCAGUACAGUGUUAAAGGCAUUUGUGGACUCAUGAUGUUUCACAAGGCUCCAUUUUGAAGGACAGAGCUCUUUGCUGUGACUUAAUAUGCACAUUGUCACGGUACAAAAGAAAGUUCAACACCUGGUCAACUCAUGGCAGGAAAACAGCAUUGAUUAUGUUCCAAAAAACUGCAUGUUUACAUUAAGAUCCUCAUCUUCUUUUUUUCGGCUACAGAUAUAGCUACUGCUGAUCUGUAGGACUUGCUGUUUGUUAAUGCCAUGCAUACAUUUAGGGUUGACUGAGCAUCAACUUGAGUCAGUACAGAAUAAAAAUAAUGCUUGAAAUAGAAGUUGCCUUUACUUAAAAACCAUGUUAUCAGAAUAUUAACCACAACCACCGUGAUGAUAGGUUAGAGGAAACGUUGCCUUAAGUGGUUAGUAGGAUAUUGCCAUCUAUUUAGCAACAAUCUUUUACUGAAGAAAUGUUUGAGUUUAACCGGAUACCACAAACCCAUUGCUUGAUCUGAUGUAUUCAUAUAAUACUGUGUGGGAUUUACUUAGCCUAUUAUUGGUUUUGAACAUAUACUUGUAACAUAACUAUGUAGCAAUGCAAUGAGGGAUUUAUCUUUCUUAGUGGUGUAGGAUUUAAAAAAAGAAAACAAACAAAAAAAAAACGGCUUGGGCCAAUAACCAGGGCCAAUGAAAGAUUAUAUGAGAAAGUUGUUCGUUUUGCAUCUAUUCUAUAGUAUAGAACCUCAGCAGUGUACAGUUAAAAAUGCUAAUAACCAGGGUAUUUUUCUAUGGUGUGAACCUGCUCUGGGCUCGGUCUCCACACAUUGUCUCAGACAUGAACAAUAGCUUGUUGAGCUGAGGGGUGUGGGUGGAACUGUACACUUUCUACAGCAAAUAGAGAUUCAGACAAUUAAAAACACCUUCAUUUGACCCUUGUCAGAGGUUGUAGACUUUAACCGAUGGAGAGUUUUCCCUCGGCCUGUUUUUGUUCAGUUUCUGUUCUUUUGUAAUCCCUAUAUGCACUUUCUUCUUUGCUAGAUGUUGACACACUUGAUUCCUGAUUUGUUAAGGCAACCGUAAAUGACUGGAUUUACAUAAAGAUGAAUAAAACACUACUUCAAGCUU